UAUUUAUCCUGCGAUCUACCUGUGUUUGGUUGCGCUAAAGCAUUGCGGUUACAUGACGAUUACGGGAUAGGCAUGGUGUGAAUCACUGAGGUGAGUCAAUUGUAGGCUUUAUCCCGUUGAAGCAAUUUCUUGAAUAUUGGGUAAACAUCUCUAAAGACAAGAAACUCAUUUUCAAACACCGCCCUCCUGCCGCAAGCAACUCAACAAAGAUAGAAGCACCAGAGCAGCGAUUUAACAGAAGCAUACGUAGACCAGAGUGAGAGGAAGAAGACACGAUGGCAGAGAACAAGAUGGGGCCAAACAUUGGGGCUGGUGCUGGAGUUUUUGCCAAACUGGUCCAAAAGUCAUUGAAUCGAGCUCAGGAGAAGGUCAUGCAGAAACUGGGUAAGAACAUGGAGACAAAAGAUGAACAGUUUGAACAGUACUCCCAGAACCUUCUCAAACAACAGAAUGAUGGCGGCAGGCUAUUCAAAGAAGUCAAAGCGUACUUCAGUGCAGUGAAAGUGAUGCAUGAGACCUCCAAGCGACUGUCCCAGACGUUAAGAGAUGUCUACGAACCCGACUGGCAGGGAGGAGAGGACCUGUCUGUCAUCAUGGAGAGUGAGGACUUGCUGUGGAAUGAUUAUGAAGAGAAACUAACAGACCAGAUAGUCCACACCAUGGAGAAUUACACUGGACAGUUUCAUGAAGUCAAGGAACGAGUGGCCAAACGCGGUCGGAAGCUAGUAGACUACGAUUCCUCACGCCACCACUUGGAGGCGUUGCAGAAUGCCAAGAAGAAAGAUGAUGCCAAAAUCACCAAGGCGGAGGAGGAGUUCAACAAAGCCCAGAGUGUGUUUGAGGAAAUCAACAAAGAGAUGAGGGAGGAGCUUCCUGUUCUCUAUCAAAGCCGGAUUGGAUGCUACGUGACCGUCUUUCAAAACAUUUCCAACCUGAGGGAUGUCUUCUAUAAGGAAAUGAGUGUGCUGAACCAUGAGCUUUACAACGUGAUGAAGAAGCUGGAGACUCAGCAUUCAGGAAAAGCUUUUAUCAUCAAGGGCCUUAACAGCACCAAGUCCAAGAAGAGAAAAUCCCUGGUCAUCUCAGCGCCUAUCCCCUGUAACACAGCCUUCCCCUCGGAACACACAGCUCUCCACGCAUCCGCAGCCCCGGAGAACGGCAAAGAGACCUGUACCCAGAGCAUCCCUGAGGAGCCCUCUGCCAACUCAGGAGAGGCAGAUGAGGGCACUGGCACGGCGGACCCUUGCGUCGUCACCUCUGAAACGUAUGACUUCUCGGACGAGAUGAGCUCCAACGGCACCGCUACGCCCAACAGACGGUCGGUGUGCGACAGCGACAACGGGGUCGGGAGUGAAGUCGCAUCAGAGGGUCUGAGUGACCUCCAAGAGGGCGGUGCUUCGGAAGGGCAGGGCCCUAGCCAAUUGGAGGACUCCUCUGCCGUAGAAGAGCAGGUUCAAAGGUCAGAGGUGACCUCUGGAGGUGAGGUCAUGACCAGUCAGAAGGCUGUGGCUGAGUCCACAGAGAGCGACGUCCCACAUGACACUGACCAGGCUGAUCCUCCAGAGCAUGGCAAAGCCAGGGCUCCACACCUCUCAUUCCCCCCCUCUGAGAGGCACUCCUUCCCCCCUGCAGAGGCCAGCCAAGUGGAGGUGGUGGAAGAGAAGGGAGAAGGAGCUUCCCAGGCCCUGCAGGCAGGUGACACAAAGAGCAAUGGAAAUGACUCAGACUCCCAGAAUCCACCUGGUUUCAUUUUCAAGGGCGUGGCGCUGGAGGGUCACAUUUCAGAAGACGGCACGCUGCAGUAUGACGUGGAAGACGUGAUUCUCAUCCUCGCCGACACAGAGGAGAAGCAGGAAGGCAUGGCCAAGGUGGUGAGGGAGAAGACCUGUAUCCAGCAGGGAGAUCUAUCAGAAUGAGCCAAUUGCGUUAUCUCAUUUCCUGUCUUCCCCUCGAGCUGUGGUGACUCAUUGAGUGUUCAUGUGCUAUUAGGAACUCUGACAUUUCCGACUUGCUAACUGGUUGUCGUUAUACACGUGCCGCGUUCAACCAGUUAGCAUCGGAAAUGUCAGAGUUCCGAUUAGCACAGCAGCACACAAAAUGGCAAUGGACAGAGAUGGGGUGUGGAGGACUACGUAAGGGAAAAAAACAGGAACACAAGCCCAUGUGCCUAUUAAUCACACGCUUCCAUGUCUCAACUUGUCGGAAGAUACCGAUGAGUGUCAUACUUACCGAAAUAUAUAUAUAUAUAUUUUUAAAGAAUGUUAGUUUGUUUACACAUGUUUUUGAUCUACAGUAUUUUGGCCUUGUUUGUGUUAUCAUUGUGUAAGUCUUGAAACUGUGAAACUUAUAGAAACCUUUUUUUAUAUAUCAAUGCCAUUGAAAGAUUCCUAGUUGAAUAAAGUUAUGUGAGAGGAA